AAAACAAUCGUUCUUUCUUGUAUAUAGUACACGUAGAUCGUAAAAGAGGCGGCUUAAAAAUAAUAAAAAUAAUAAAACAUGUGACCGAGAACAUUCUGUUAAUACGAAGUCGUUCUAUGCACAUUGCACAUGCAUGAUCGCUGCGAAAAAUGCCUUUUCCGAUCGGAGGAAAUACAAUACAGAGAAACGGAGACGAUCCUGAAUCGAAGCAACGACGUGAAAUCCAAGGUGGCGAAAUGGCAGAAUAACAACGUGGAGGGCAAAUAUCAACAACCUGUUCGACAAAAUGACUCUUCAGACGAGGCGGAGAGAGACAAAGACAGGUUCUCGAAAAUCGAGUCGCAGAUGUCGUGGGAAGACCAACGAAUGGAAGAAAUUCUGGAAAACGAGAGGAAAAAUAGCAAGAAUGAAAUCAACGCGAAACUGAAUAAUCAGGAAAAUUAUGAGAACGCCGUUAUAGAAACGAAAAAGUCCAAUUCCGAUGAAAAUCCACGCAAGAUCAAGAGGAUCGACUUGAAGGCUUAUGGAUUCGAAAAUGAAUUCUCUAAUAAAACGGCUAAAACUUCCACGCCUAGAGUGGUCAAUAAAUUGGAUCUUAAGUCUUUUGGUUACGAUAAUGGAAUUCGACGAACACAAUCGACGAUUCAAUUGAAUAGCAUAGGUAAUGACGAAUUCAAGCCAAGGUUAACCAGAACGUCGAACAAAUCGAACUUAACACGGAGAAACGAUUAUGAGAAUGACCGUGGCGAUGUGAUCGAAAGCAACCGUGCUUCUGGCGAUAACAACUUGACACAGAGCACAGAAACCUUGAACAAGUAUGAGAACGAGAGUUACAACGAUUUUGGAUUAAAGUCAGCGAAAUCGGUGCCGAACAUCGCCAAAUUCUAUUCGAAUCCGAAUAGCCAAGAAGAUGAGGAGGUAGAAAGCUAUAAUCAGAAUUCGUACAACGAAUUUGGAAUGGUUAAAAAAGGAUCGGUGAGAAACAUCGCGAAUAAUUAUAGUUUGGAGAAGUGUAACAUUAAGAGUAACGAUUCUUCGGUCGACGAUUCGGAAAAUGAAACGGAUAAUUCCUUUGAGAGGGAACAGAGUCACCAAUCGAUGAGUGACCUCAAGAAGAAAAGUCUGAGCGAAGAGGAAUUUGAUAAUAAGGUGCUGCCGAUGCCAUCGGUCAGGAGGCUCGCUGAAGCGUUUAGCAAACAGACCGAACCCGUUCCUGGACCCAUCUCGAAGAUAACUAAAUCGAGCAACGCGAAUAAGGAGAGAUCGUCAACACCAGAGAUCCAAAUAGUUGAAACGCCAAGACAGAUGCACAGUCUGACUGCCAGAUCGCUUUCGAAACAAUUUCGAGAAGGCCUGAGGCAAAUUCCGAACAAAGUAACUUCACCUCCGGCUAGUCACGUCGUUAUGGAGCAACCUAAUAUAACGGAAAGCCAAACGGAAGUAGUGCAAGGGAAGAGCGACGUGUCCAACGACACGAACGUAAUUCUACCUGGAAAAUUAAAGUCGAAUAUAAUAUUUUGGGAACAGAUGCAGAGAAAGAGUUAAAGCAAGUUUAUGUAAAAUUGGGCCCGAAGUCUUAAAAAGGAAACCGAAAGAGAAGUUGAAUGUUCACUUAGGGAUCAAAUUAAAUUAACAUAUUACAUGCAAAGCGUCUAGAUAAAGGAUGUAAAAAAUCCAGAUAACUUGGUCUUCUUUUUUAUAGAGUGCGAUAGAAAUUAUUUCCGAGAAACAGAAUUUUAUCGAGAAGCUAGAAGAAGUAGAACAAGUUAGCAUCCUUGCUCAACGUAAGAAUGUUUCAACGCCGUUCAACGAAAGAGUCGAUUAAUUGUAUGAAACAAUACAGGCUCAACGAUCGAUCGAUUUACAAGAGCAAUUGCAUUCGCGACAGGAAAUGUCGAUGUGAUUGUGUGUGCCAAAUGAUAUGAACCCGUGAUUAGCCAAAGAAAAUAUUUUUUGCGUGGUCCUUUCGAAACAUGCGAGCAAUUUGAACGUAACUUUCUAAAUAGCAAACAUUUUGGAAACUACGAAACGACCAGCUAAAUUUUACGCGUUCGUAAUAUUCUACGAUCAAUUUGUAAAUACACGUCGCCGGAACAUAGUCGAACUGUCGAAAUUGUUUUCUGUAUAUAAGAAGGAACUCUUAAUCAUAGUCACAAAGUUUUAUAUAUAAAUCUACCAUAUAGUGUUCCCAUAUACGACAUUACUAUUUAUUAUUUAUUAACGUCUAAAUAUGUAUCUGUGUAUAUACGAAUUAUGAAAAUCGGUGGGCAACGAAAGUACUUCAAUAAAAAUAUCAAAAUUUGUAUGGAUUUAACUUUACGUUAUCUGUACGUUAGAAACUGUGCUAUAUCGAUAUUAUAUAAAUAUACUGUUUAUUAU